UGUCGGAAGCGGAUCCCGGGGCGGCGAAGGGGCGCUGCAGCCGCGCCGCUCCCAGCCUGCCCCGCUCCUUUCCGGAGUUGCCUGCGCCCGGCGCCGGGAAGAUGUUGCCUUUAUCCAUCAAGGACGAUGAGUACAAACCGCCCAAGUUCAACCUGCUCAGCAAGGUCUCGGGCUGGUUCAGGUCCAUCCUGUCCGACAAGACCUCGCGGAACCUGUUCUUCUUCCUCUGCCUCAACCUCUCGUUCGCCUUCGUGGAGCUGCUCUACGGCAUCUGGAGUAACAGUUUAGGUCUAAUAUCAGAUUCCUUUCAUAUGUUCUUUGACUGUACUGCUCUACUGGCCGGAUUAGCAGCUUCAGUCAUUUCAAAGUGGAGAUCAAAUGAUGCUUUCUCAUAUGGGUAUGUUCGAGCAGAGGUACUGGCUGGUUUUGUAAAUGGUCUGUUUCUGAUCUUCACAGCAUUCUUCAUUUUCUCUGAAGCUGUUGAGAGAGCAUUGGAGCCUCCUGACGUGCAUCAUGAGAGACUUCUUCCUGUGUCUAUAUUAGGAUUCCUUGUGAAUCUUAUAGGAAUAUUUGUUUUUCAACAUGGAGGCCACGGACACUCACAUGGCUCUGGGCAUGAGCACAGUCAUUCUCUAUUUAAUGGUGUUCUCAGCCAUGGACACAGUCACGGAGGUCACGGUCACAGCCAUGAAUCCAAACAUGGCCAUGGACAUUCUCACGAUCACAGUCAUGGGAAGGGACACUCGCACAAUCAGGAGUAUUGUCAUGAUGAUCACUCGCUUGAAGGGGCUGCAGGAUCCAACAGACAGAUUUUAGAAGGUGUAUUUUUACACAUUGUUGCAGACACUCUUGGAAGCGUUGGUGUAAUCAUAUCAGCUAUACUGAUGCAGAACUAUGGUCUAAUGAUAGCAGAUCCUAUCUGUUCAAUGCUUAUAGCUCUACUUAUAGGAAUAAGUGUCGUUCCACUUUUAAGAGAGUCCAUUGGAAUCUUAAUGCAGCGAACUCCACCUUCCCUGGAAAGUGCCCUGCCUCAGUGCUAUCAGAGGGUUCAGCAGUUGCAAGGAGUUUACAGUUUACAUGAUCCACACUUCUGGACCCUUUGUAGUGACGUUUACAUAGGGACCUUGAAACUAUUUGUAGCUCCUGAUGCUGAUGCCAAGUGGAUUCUAAGCCAAACUCACAAUAUUUUUACUCAGGCAGGAGUCAGACAGCUUUAUGUACAGAUUGACUUUGCAGCCAUGUAGUGAACAUCAUAAAUUGAGUUCUUUGGACCAAAGUUUUCUGGUACUGUAAUGGUAUAAAACAUUGUACUCUUCAAGACAGAGCCACCGCCACCCCGGUUAACCAAGACCAAAUAGACUGCUGCCUUUUGGCUACUUCUAGAGUUCACGUUUAAGGAGUAAAAACUGAAAGGAUGCGUCUUGGACUUCUGGGCUUGUCUUUUGUGGCCCCCAAACUUUUUUCAUUCUGUGAGGUUUUUUUUUUUUUUUUUUUUACUUAUUACAAUUGUUCCAGCAGGAAACUAAGAUUGUGGGACUGCAAGUCCUGGUCAUGUCUUUAAUGAAGGGCUUGUCCAAACAAAAAAAUUAGUUCAUAGCAAGCUGGGGCAUGAAUCUGCUCUGCACUAGCCUGCUGCAGACUAACUCCCCAUGUUGCUCCUGCCUUUAUGUAUUAACCAUUUGCUGGUGCACUUUGAUCUAGUCCUGUUAUAAAGAGGACUAGAUCUAAGCAUGUCAGCAGGGUCCAUAUCGACAGUUAGUCUCUAGCAGGCUAGCUGAGUAGAUUCACACCCCAGCUUGUGACAAACUAACUGUUCACAUAAACAAGCUGGGGUUCGUUCCCACAAAACCAGUGUUAUCAGAAAUUAGAGAGCGGUCUUGUACAUAAUGUCACAAUGGGUGGCAUUCUUCAUUAUAAUCGUAUGUUUGUAAAAUUGUUUGUACUUUGCAAACUUAAUGAACCAAACCAUAUUGGGUUUUCAAAGUGCCUUUAUAUCAGAAAAAGUAUUUGCCAGCAUCAACGUGGAACAUGAAGGGUUUUUAUUACUUUUAUGGCGACAGCUUGUUCACAAUCUUAUUCUUGCUAGUGAUGUAUGUGACUGUGUACUUGCGUAAUUGUAGAUUUUAGACUCCCUUUUACUGUUGCAUCUUAUCAAAUGAACUGGAGUGAAAUUUGUUUAAUUUACAUUACAAGUUAAAGCUAUUGUGGGAAACUUGCUUUCAAAACAUCUAUUUGCUAUAUAUAUAUUGUCCUAAGAGUUCUUUUAACCAAAUUAAACAUUCAACCCUGA